AAUCAGAGGCGGCGGAGGCUGAUGGAGCUCUGACCCAUAUAAAUAGCAGCGUGCUGAGUUGCAGCUUAUAGUGAGAACUGCUGCUGUCUUCUGCUGACCUGUGAGCACUGCAUCAACCAUGGCACCCCAGGCAGACUUCGACAAAGCGGCAGAGGAUGUCAAGAAACUGACAAAAAGGCCAACCGAUGAUGAGCUGAAGGAACUGUACAGCCUCUACAAGCAGUCUACUGUUGGAGAUAUCAAUAUAGCGUGUCCCGGCAUUCUAGACCUGAAGGCCAAGGCCAAGUGGGAUUCAUGGAACCUAAAAAAAGGCUUAUCUAAGGAAGAUGCGAUGAGCGCCUAUGUGUCUAAAGCUCAUGAGUUGAUUGAAAAGUACAGCCACUAAAAAGGUUGCAUAAUGUUAGCACCUUCAAACAGCAGUUCCUGAACUGUCAGGACAGAUGAAAAGAACUCUAACACUACAUACCAGCUCUUGCCUCACGUGAUGUUUCAGGUAUAAUUAACAUAGGACUGUCCAGUCACAGGAAAAAUACCCUUUGUCUGUACUUUUCUGCACUGACCUAUUAAAACUUUUACAAAA